CUUGGUCCACGUUCUUCCCACUUCGCUGGCUUCAUCUCCCUACUCAACCCUGCUCGCUCCCAGCCCCAACAGACAUCUCCUUCUUUCACUCUCUCUCAGGACAGCCUGCCCCUCCCCUGGCUCCCCGGGCUCCUCUUGGGGCCCCAGUCACUUUCCAGGGCUGACGCCUGGCUCCUCUCACACCAAUGAGGCCUCAGCAUAGAUGGGUCCCGUCCCACCCCCAGGAAGGUGUGUCCCGGGUUGCCUCACCUGAAACUUCCUAGGAGAAUGAGAUCCCUCCCGCUUUGGGAGGGGAGGGGCAGGCUAGGAGGGUGGGGCGGCUAGGGCCUGAGUCGGGGACUGCCGGCAGGAGCUGGGACCCCAGUGGAGAUCUUUCUACCCAGACAGCCCGGACCAUGUGACACUGACCAGGAGUCAGCCCUGAUGGAGGCUGAAGGUCCUCCUCCUGAUGCUUCUACUCCAGCUACUGCUCUGGAAGAACCCCACACCUUUCCAAUGUCCCUCAUGAAGAACAGCUGCAUCCCUGGUUCAGAGCCUGAAGCAGCAGAGACAGAGGACCCUGCCUGGGAGUGGGCUGAGGAUGAUGAUGAUGUCUUUGGGGCUCAGCAGAGAGAUCUGUGUAAUCCAAGCCCAAAUGAAGAGAUACUACCCACUCUUUGCCAGGAAGAUAUUCUAGGCUCUUUGGAGCCUAACUAUGGAGAUGUUGUGACUGCAGAGUCAGGAGUUCAGAGACCUUCAGGGCUAGCAUCCCAGGGCCUCCAAGAGGGCCAUGCGCCUUCCAUCCCUGCAGAGAACUCCAUCUGCCCCACCGUGGUUGCUGGCCUGGACAAUGACCCCAUCCCCAAUGAAAUAAGUAGCGAGAUUGGGGUAGAAUCUUGUCCAGAGGUCCCUAACCCUCUGAAGGAAACUGAAAGGUCAGAAGCCAGUGAGAAGGUGGAGAAAGGAGUCUUUCUUCUCUCCUCCACUGAGGCUAAGUCCUGUUCUCCUCCUGAAGAACCCAACAGUCUGAUCUCUCAUGCAGGAAGAAGAGUUGCCCAGCAAGAGGGGGAGCCCCAGGCCCAAGAGAGGAAGGAAAAUGGAGGGCAAGAAGGGCUGGUACAUAAGAGACAAGAGGAGGCCAGGGGUCCAGGGAAACAUGGAAAGUGGGAACAGAGGGAACUGGAAGACCAGGGGGAGCUAGAGUGGAUUGAUGGACUCUCAGGAAAACAGGAACUGGAGGUGGUAACAUAUGUCCAAGGACAAGAAGAUAAGGGACAGGUUGAAUUGGUUCUGGGAAAACAAGGAGAAGGAGAGAUGUUUAAUAGGGAAGUAGAAGAUCAGAAUCACAGGGAAGGGUACCCAAGAGACAAGGAUGUGGAGAAGCAGGGUCAUGGGAAAGUAGGAGAAGAGAAAAACCAAGGAAAUGGGCUGGUAGAGGAUCAGGGAAAGGCAGAUCAUUAUGAUAAGGACCAAGAGUUAGGUGAGAAACAGGAGAAGAUAGUGGGUGAGGGGAAGGAAAAACAGGGAGCUGUAGAGGAGCAGUGGAAGCUAGAGGGAGGUAAGGAAGAACAGGAGAACGUGGCUGGAGAAACACUGGAGGUAGAGAGAAUGGCAAGGAGAAAUGAGAAUGAGGGGAUUCAGAAGUAUUGUGGUUCCUUGCCAUUGACCCAGAUUGUCCCAGGUGCCAAUAUUUCAUGGAGCUCUUUCCCAGGAGAUCCUGUUUCCACUGUCAUAAGACCUGAGACUCAGGAAGGGAUAAACACUGAGUCUUCUAGAGUUGAGCUCUCCAUGCACUCUUCCUGCCCAGACUCUACUCUGAAGCCUGGACAGGAGUCAUCAGGAUGUCUCCAGUUCAUCCCUCCUCACAGUGUCUCUGGAAAGAAUUCUGAGAAAGAAGCAGAGCAAAAUGGCUGGGAGGAAGAGUAUGGUCUAGGAGACAGAGCAAUGCCUAUCUUGGGGAAGAAACCAGCACCUCCAAGGCCAAUCGCUAUAGCUCCUCGGACAGAGGCCUCGAGUUCUACCAAGGCAGAUCCCAACACAACCACCUCAUCAUCUUCCUGCCCCCCUACCUUCUUUCCUAUGGGAGAUUCUUCACUCCCAUCACAUCUGCCAGAGUUCUCUAGAUCCUUUUCCUUUGACAAAGAAUUCUCUUUUCACCACUGGGACCCUGAUGCUGCCUUGAAUAUUCUCCACAUACCCUCUCCUGGAGAGCCUCCCUUGGUACCACAUGCCAACUCUGACUGGGCCAGCACCCUAAACCUCUCAGAAGCCUCUGAGGAAACCAUCCAGUACCAUGGGAGUAGCUCUGCUCCAAGCUCCUAUGGGGGAGGGCAGCCUCAGUAUCUAGGCCAGACUCCAGCUUCCUUCUAUCACUCAGAGUCAGCGCAGAGACUCUCUGAGCCUGCAAUCCACCAUGUUGAGAUCCCAGGAAGGGAGGAGCAGGCUAGGCUGGAGCCCUCUUCUGACCCUUCCUCCUUGAGCCAACUUCAAGAAUUCACCCCAUAUUUAGAGAUGGUUGGUGCCACUGAUAGCCAAACUUGGUGUCCACCAAAAAAGGAAGCCUCUGUCUCAGGGGGACUUACCCAUGGCUCUCCUCCUUCCUCAUCCAUGGUGGAAAUGGGAUUACAUGAACUGCUACCCCCCAUCCCACUCCGGGAGCGGCACAGUCAUCCUCCCCUGGCAGCACGACAUAGCAGUCACCAUGCCAAGCCCCCUGCCCAAAAACGGUAUAGCCACCCUCCCACAUUGGCCUUAGCUUCAGUACUACCUGGCUCCCCUGAAAGACCUUCUCUCCCUGUUAAGGCAAGACAGAAUAGACCUCUGCCUUCUACCCCAGUCACAGACACUUCCCACCAUACUCAGACUCCUAGACUGAGGUACAAUAAGCCGCUACCUCCCACCCCAAUCACACCCCCACCCUACCACCCUCCCACAUCUGCCACCCUAAGUAAGAAAAACAAACCUCUUCCUCCUCUUCCCAUUUCGGAUCCUGAUACCAAGCCACCUCCACUGCCCCCAAAGGCUAAAUGGAGAAGCAACAGUACUCACAGGACAAUUGUGAAUGUAGGAGAUCAGUUGAGGUCAAAACCUGGCUCCUCCAGGGUACCUGGAGGGAACUGGGAAGUCCCUUCUCCUCUUUCUGCUGGACGUACCUCCUGGCCUCCAGCUGUGGACAGGCCAACAGACAGUUUGAACUUUCCUGGCAGGUAUAAAAAUGAGAUGUCUUCUCCUCUGGCUUUCAGUAACAUGACCAACUUCCUUCUGCUGAGUCCUUCUUCCCCAGCUCCUUCCAUGACUCAGAACCCACAGCAUUCUGUCCUGGGAGGAGUCCAGGCUGAACAUGGACAAUCAGAAGGGACUGUGAGGACUUUGAGCAGAGGAACUCUUCAAGGGAAUGGCAAUGGGCCCCGGAGAUCAGAUAGAGGCAUGGUGCAGCAGUCAGGGAAACCCAGCCACCCGCCUUUGGAGAAAGCAUCCAGCUGGCCCCACAGGAAAGAUCCCGGGAAACUCUUGGAAGUGAGUGGUGGGCACUCAGAGAGUCCUGCUGAGGGGCAGAACAAGACCAAGGGAUGGAACCGGCAAGGCCUUCGCAGACCAUCUGUCUUCCCUGGGGAAACCCUAGAUAGGGAAGGUCCCCCCAUGGAAAAACCUCCCUGUCCCUCAGACACAAUUGUUCUUCGAGAGAAGAAACCAAGGGAUGUGAUGGGUACUGUUGCCAGGCGCUGCUCAAAGUUCAUCAAUUCUUCCCACCUGCUUUAUCAGGAAUAUAGUGAUGUGGCUCUAAACAAGGAGAUACAAAGCCAGCAGAGGCUGGACAGCCUGGUUGAAGGGUCCAGCCCAGCUUCUCCCCGACAGCCCCGAAAAUCUUCACUUACCCCAGACUCUUAUCUUCAGCGCCUCUCCAUUGCUUCCAGUGCCUCUUUAUGGCAAGACAUCCCCCGAGUACGCAAUAGCACCAUGUUGCUCUCUAUGACUCAUGAGAACCAAAAACUGCAGGAGGCUAAAUUUGAACUUAUCAUGUCAGAAGCUUCUUACCUGCGAAGUCUUCAUGUAGCUGUAGACCAUUUCCAGCUCUCAUCACAGCUCCGGGCUACACUGUCUAACCAGGAACACCAGUGGCUCUUCUCUCGUCUACAAGAUGUGCGGGAUGUCAGCACCAUGUUUCUCUCGGACCUAGAAGAGAAUUUCGAGCAUGACAUCUUUACCUUCCAUGUUUGUGAUGUCGUCCUGACCCACGCACCUGCUUUCCGGCGUGUCUACCUACCUUACGUCACCAACCAGACUUAUCAGGAGCGCACUUUCCAAAGUCUGCUGAACAGCAACAGCAAUUUCCGGGAGGUCCUGGAAAAGCUAGAAAGUGACCCUAUCUGCCAGCGCCUUUCCCUGAAGUCCUUUCUGAUACUGCCCUUCCAGCGUAUCACCCGCCUCAAACUGCUGCUCCAGAAUAUUCUUAAGAGGACACAGCCUGGCUCCCCAGAAGAAGCAGAGGCCACAGAAGCACACCAUGCCUUGGAAGAGCUCAUCCGAGACUGUAAUAACAAUGUCCAGAGCAUGCGGCGGACAGAAGAAUUGAUCUACCUAAGCCAGAAGAUUGAGUUCGAGUGCAAAUCACGGCCUCGAGAGGGGAACCGCUUCCUGGUGUUUGACCAUGCCCCUUUUUCAUCUGUACGGGGGGAGAAGUGUGAAAUGAAGCUGCACGGACCACACAAGAACCUCUUCCGCCUCUUCCUCCGGCACAACGCACAAGGCACCCAGGCCGAGUUCCUCUUUCGCACGGAGACUCAGAGUGAAAAGCUUCGCUGGAUCUCAGCUUUAGCUCUUCCAAGAGAGGAGUUGGACCUCUUGGCAUGUCAUGACUCCCCGCAGGUUCAGUGUCUACGUUCUUAUAAACCUCGAGAGAAUGAUGAGUUGGCACUGGAGAAAGCAGAUGUGGUGAUGGUGACUCAGCACAGCAGUGAUGGUUGGCUGGAGGGUAUGAGGCUGUCAGAUGGGGAGAGGGGCUGGUUCCCUUUGUCACAUGUGGAGUUCAUAACCAACUCUGAUGUUCGAAAGCGGAACCUGUCAGAGGCACAUAGAGUCAAGACUGCCAAACUACAACUGGUCGGACGCCAAAGAUAACUGCUACUCAGGGGCAUCCCCUUGGCCCUAUGGACAUGAUACUUCUAUGGAAGGGAGCUGUCACCUGCAGCACUGUAACAGAGCCUGUCUGAAAACAAAAAUCAGCAAGACUGGACAUAAGCUUCAAGCCUUCCACUCAUUGCCCAUUGGUGCAUGCAUACGAGCAUGCAUAUGCACACACACACAAACACCAACACUCACUAUAAGGAUAUAGGGCAAAGGGAUUUGGGGUGGGGCCUGGACUUUGGGAACCACUUCUUUAAGGAAAUGUAACUAUCUGGGAGAUCUCCCCAGGAGCCUGAGCCGAGGGGCUCCACUUGGAUGAAAUUUAUCAGUUCCCAUGCUCCCAGGUUGACAAUUUGGAGCUGGAGUUUCAAAUACUUUGUUCCAAACUCCAUCACUUCUUCAGCAUUCCUUUCUGUUGGGAACCAGCAUUAUUGGGAAGGAGAUUAAGGUGCCUCUAGGGAUGUUGCUGUGGAAAUGUGAGGGGGAUAGUCUCUCACUCUAAUAAACUUGGCACUUUGAAAUUUUUCUUCCCAUGCUCCUUAGCACUCAACAUUGUUCAUAAUAUGGCUGGAAUUCAGGGAGGAAUCCAGGCUCAGCUGGGUCUGAGUGCCAUGAAGGGCUGUCCAUAGACAAUGGGUGUUGAUUCUUGUGGCAGCUGUUGGUUCUUGCCUUGCUGCCACUCCCCCAGGGAUCUGGGGAGAUUCACUCUUAGCUAUGACCUCAGGAAUGUAGCUGUUUCUGGAUCCUGUGCCUCUUCCUGUAAUGAGUUAUGCCAGCAAUACACUCUUGUUCUGAGGCCCAUCUUCUGGAGUGCACCAGUAAACUAUACUACAGACCGUGA